AGCGUGUCAAAUCGGUGGACUAAAGGAGACGAGGUUUAGAUCUCAGCACAUGCAAAGGAGAUUCUCUACAAGGAAGUGAAGCAGUCACGCAGAUUGCAUUGGAAAGUGAAACAACCACUGUCCAGAGAACUAUUGGAACUACAGGCUAUAGAGGCGACACCACAUUUGGAAAUGAAUUGUGUUGCUGCACCGAGGUGUGGAGUCAAAAACUAAAUUUCAUACAGAUAUCGCAUAUGCGUAUCAGUGAGAACCCUAAUGUUAACCUUUAUUACCACCGCGUAAUUGUAGACAUUUGAAGUUGGAUAUAAAAUCAGUACCGUGGAGAGCAAGAGCGGCCAAUAGGCGCACCAUAAUACACCGAAAAUUGGAAUUGAAGAGUUUUGGAUCAUUAUUAGCUGCAUAUGCUUAUAAUUUUUUGUCAAUUAUCCGUUUUGGACAUCCUACUAUGGCUAUGUUGUGGAUCUUCUGAAACAGCCUUUAGUCGCAUUUGAAAGCGUUGCAUCAAAUAAAUCCAAAUAGUUAUUGCAGGUUUCAUCAACUUUCAUCAAGAUGACAAGGCGAGUUUUACUUCUGUGCGUAUUCAUACAGACUGCAUACCAGGUGCCCGUCCAGGGAUUCCCGGCCAAGAAUCAGCAAAAUUCCAAAGAGAUGAGCAGCGCAUUGGUGGAGGCAGUACCUGAGGACAGCUUAGGCGACGCUCUCUUGACCCUGGAGGACCUCCAGCAGCAGAACCAGCUCCAGACCCUCCCUCCCACCCUGUCCACUCACAACUCCAGACAUCAAUGGUCUCAACAUCGCGGGGAGGGGAUUUUACCCAAACCAGAACCAGAAGAGGACCCACAACCCUUCAUACUGGACCUUAGGAAAUUCCCAGACCUGGCCAAUGCAGAGAUAGCCCCCCAGAAUCCUAAUAUACAGGUGACCAUCGAGGUUGUGAAUGACCCCCAGACAGAGGUGGAGAUGGAUUUGGCCAAGGAGGGACGUAACGACUGGUCCCUUUCCGAGGAGGAGUGGCUGGGUCACAAGAAGUUGUUCUGGCCGCUGUUCUGGGAGUACCCUGACCAGGCCGGGAGCGGGCCGGGCCGGGCCAGCCUGGAAGAGCCCACCGAGGACUAUAACUACGACACCGAGGAUCCAGUGCUGAGUGGGGUCGGGGGAGGAUGGGGAAAUCGCUGGAACAAGGGAUGGGAUUCCUCCAAGGAGAACUAUGAGUACGAGGAGGAGGAGUGGAGCGUCUGGUCACCUUGUAGCGUUACAUGUGGCCAUGGCAACCAGAAACGCAUUCGUUCCUGCGGUUAUGCCUGCACAGCGACCGAGUCCAGGACAUGUGACUUGGAGCGGUGUCCAGAUGACCUUGAUGCAGUGACUGAAUUGAUGCUGAUACAAACCACUAAUGGCACUGACUCACUGGAUACAAACGUCGACAGCUGUGAAAAGUGGCUGAGCUGCAAGAACGACUUCCUCCAGAAGUACCUUCACCAGGUUUUGACGGAACUACCCAGCUGCCCGUGCAGCUACCCCUCUGAGGCCGUCUACAGCGCCGUCAACAUCCCGGACCAGAAGCACCGCAAGACGUAUCGGUGGCGCGACGCCAGCGGGCCCAAAGAGCGCCUGGACAUCUACAAGCCGUCCGCCCGCUUCUGCAUCCGCUCCAUGCUGUCCUACGAGAGCACCACGCUGGCGGCGCAGCACUGUUGCUACGACGACCACAUGAAGCUGAUCACGCGAGGCAAAGGGGCCGGGGCUCCGAAUCUGAUCAGCACAGAGUUUUCGCCCGAGCUGCAUUACAAGGUGGAUGUGCUCCCCUGGAUCCUGUGCAAGGGGGACUGGAGUCGCUUCCAUUCAGUGCGGCCUCCUAACAACGCUUUGGCUUGCUCGGACAACCCCCCUGAAGAGGUGUUCCAAGCCGAGCUGGAGGAAGCAAGGGAGUACUAAGGAGACCCCUCACCCCCCCACUAUCCAGA